ACAGAUACGUAUAUAACGAAGACAACCACCGAAAUUGUUUGUUUCUCCGGAUCUCUAACCUCUUCCAAAUAUUUAAUAUAGAGCCGUAAAUCAUUUGCACAUGGCGACCGUGGUUGAUUCACCCAACAAGGAGGCAAAUAAAAGUGCCCUAGCUAAUAAGAAGGUCACCAUUGUUUUUGUUCUGGGAGGCCCGGGCAGUGGGAAGGGUACCCAGUGUGGAUAUAUUGUUCAACACUUUGGUUACACUCAUCUUAGUGCUGGUGAUCUUCUCAGAGAAGAAAUGAAGUCUGGUUCUGAAAAUGGGUUCGUGAUUAAGGACAUGAUCAAGGAGGGAAAGAUCGUUCCCUCGGAGUUAACUAUCAAGCUCCUAGAACAAGCGAUGCUGGAAAAUCGUAAUGACAAGUUUCUGAUUGAUGGAUUUCCUCGCAAUGAGGAAAACCGGGCAGCAUUUGAGGCUUUUACUGGAAUUGAACCAGAAUUCGUCCUCUUUUUUGAAUGCUCGGAAGAAGAGAUGCAGAAGCGCCUCUUAAGCCGAAACCAGGGAAGAGAAGAUGACAAUAUUGAAACUAUAAAAAAGCGGUUCAAGGUUUUCAUGGAAUCAAGUCUUCCAGUAAUUGAGCAUUACGAGGCCAAGGGAAAAGUUAGGAAGAUCGAUGCUGCUAGGCCUAUUCUAGAAGUUUUCGAAGCAGUAAAGGCUUGUUUCACUCGAGGGGACAUUAAGGUAAACCAACUGUGAAGAGAUUGUAGAAUGUGCAUGAAUUGAAUUAAAAGUG